UUAAUGGUCUCAUUCAGACAGACGUAUACUCAAAACCCACCAAUAAUCAUCUCUAUUUACAACGAAAGAGUGCACACCCAGAUCAUUGCAUCAAGGCAAUUCCCUUUGGAGUAGCUACGAGAUUAAGAAGAAAUUGCUCAACAGAAGAAGAUUUUGAUAAACGCAGCAAAGAAUAUCAAAAGUACCUAACAAGGAGAGGAUACCAUCCGAAUAAUGUACACAAGCAAUUCAACAAAGCGAAGUCAAUUCCCAGAGAGGAACUACUGCAACAUACCAAGAGAGAGAAGAGAAUUUUAUUUCC